GCAUAGUCCUUCCUGGCGAGAUGGUUCUAGUCUUAGGAAGGCCUGGGAGUGGAUGCACGACAUUCUUACGUACAAUUGCGAACGAAAAGCUUGCUCCUCUCCAGAUCACAGGGGCGAGGCACUACAGUGGGUUCGCAGGAUCUUCUUUCGCAAAAGCUUUUCCAGGAGAGACAUCAUUUUGUGCUGCGGGAGAUCUCCAUAUUCCAUCUCUGACGGUCCAACAAACGCUUCGAUUCGCAAUGGAUCUAAUCAAUCCGCACAGUAGCAACAACAUGAAGAAGGAAAUUAUUUCUUCUUUGCUUGAUAUUUUCAAGCUCGGUCACGCCCAAGACACCCUGGUUGGAGAUGCUAAUGUGCGCGGGCUCUCCGGAGGCGAGAGAAGGCGGGUUUCACUUGCAGAGUCCUUGAUAGCUCGCGCCAUGGUCAUAUGCUUGGAUAACCCGACCUUAGGCUUAGAUGCUGGCUCUGCCGCAAGAUUCAUCCGGGCUUUGCGGAUCACGACGCGGACGUACGAAUCAUCAGCUUUUGUAUCCCUAUACCAAGCAUCUGACAUCCUGUAUGAUUGCUUCGACAAGGUGCUACUGAUGGAAGCUGGCCACCAGCUGUAUUUCGGGUCAGCUCAAGAUGCGACAUCUUUCUUCGAGGUUCAGGGGUUUCAAAGAGUACCUGGCCAGUCCAAGGCAGAUUUUCUCACAGCAUGUAUUGAUCCUAGACACAGGCAUGUUUCCGAGUCCGAACACACGGCUCGAUUAAGGCAUUCCUUCCUCGCUUCUCAACAUAACAUUUCUCUUCAAGAGAGACUAAACGCAGCACUGCAACCAAUCAAUCUAUCCACCGAACGUCAGCAGCUCGAGCGAUUUACACGAAAUGGGCCCACAUCGGUUUGGAAGCCCAGAUUUACUCAGAAGGCAUCGUUCUGGAUCCAGGUCACGGCAUUGGCGAAAAGACAUUGGCUUUUGAAGGCCCAGCAGCGCUUCAAUGUAGCAUUCAAGAACUUCACCGCCUUGGUAGUUGCUUUAUUGCUCGGUUCUACAUAUUGGCAAUUGCCCCAGACAUCGAGUGGUGCAUUCACCCGAGGCGGCGUGGUUUUCACCUCCUUGCUUUUCACAUCCUUCACAGCUUUCGUAGAGCUUCCUGUCACCAUCCUGGGCCGUUCUGUAUUGUACAAGCAGAGAUCUCUGCAGUUCUACAGAGCUAGUGCGCUUCCACUUGGGCAAUUGCUGGUUGAUGUUCCGAUGGCAGCAGCUGAGAACUUGCUUUUUACCGUCGUAGUUUACUUCAUGGCUGGCCUUGAGCGAUCGGUUGAGGCUUUCUUCACAUUCUAUCUUUUCAUUGUCCUUGGCCAAACUUGCAUGACGGUCUUUUUCCGAACAUUGGGCUCGCUAUCCCGUAGCCUUGACAUUGCGCUACGCCUGGCUGGUAUCAUCAUCAUGCUCAUGAUUUUGUCUUCUGGCUACAUGGUACCAUAUAAAGAUCAACGUCCUUGGCUAAGCUGGUUCUACUGGCUCAACCCAAUACGCUAUGCGUUCAGUGGAAUGAUGAUUAAUGAGUUCAAGGUUAUGACCAUGGUCUGCCAGGGCUCUCAAAUAAUACCAAAUGGCCCAGGCUAUACGUUGUUAGAAAACAAAGCUUGCACUCUUGCGGGAUCUAUUCCCGGGACAGCCGAGAUUCCUGGGAUGGCAUACCUAAAGCUGACAUUUGGCUUCCGCCGAGGAGACCUGUGGAUCAGCGUCUGCAUUCUGAUCAUAUUCGUUCUCGGGUCUUUGCUGGCCAAUUUUAUCAUCAACGAAUUUAUCUCUUUUGAAACAUCGAAAGGUCACGACAGAAUGUCCAAAGGGAAAAGGAAGGUCAAAACAGAGGAUCGAGAGAGCGCUGUCGGUGCGGUCCACGCUGUCGCAAAGCCAAAGUCAGAGGAGUCGAUAACAUGGGAGAGAAUCAACUACACUGUUGCACUGAAGAAAGGCACUUCGAAGCAGAUUCUCCAUGACAUAUCAGGUCAUUGUAGGCCAGGAAAGCUACUGGCACUUAUGGGACCAUCCGGAGCAGGAAAGUCCACCCUACUCGAUGUUUUAGCGCAAAGGAAAAAUAAAGGCGUCAUUCAAGGCCAAAUCAAGAUCAGUGGCAUUCCGAUCGAAUCACAGAUGCAAGCAAAGAUCGGCUAUUGUGAGCAACUUGAUAUCCUUGACCCAUAUCAAACUGUUCGGGAAGCACUCACGUUCUCGGCUAUGCUUCGAAGUUCUUCACAUACGUCUGAGGAUGGAGAAUCCUCACAUAUAGAGAAUAUCAUGGAACUCUUGGGGCUGCAAGACGUUGCUGAUUUCCUGAUUGGACUUGCACCGAGCGGGCUAUCGGUAGAAAUGCGAAAGCGGCUCUCCAUUGGAAUAGAGCUGGUCGCGAAGCCUGAUCUGUUGUUUCUGGAUGAACCUACGAGUGGACUUGAUUCACAGUCCGCUAUGAACAUUUUACACUUCCUGCGGACGCUGGCGGAUACUGGUCAAGCAAUAAUUUGCACGAUUCAUCAACCAAGUUCGGCACUUUACCAGCAAUUUGAUGAUUUACUGCUCUUGCAUCAUGGCCGUACAGUCUUUAGAGGGCCUGCUCCUGAUGCAGCAGAUUAUUUUGCGUGGGCUGGUUUUCCCCCUCCGAGCGACGCCAAUAUCGCAGAAUUCAUGAUGCAGACGCUCACCAGCGAUGGGGAACGGGCGCAAACUCCUGAAGAGUGGCAGAAGCUCUGGAAGGGCUAUUCGACGGUUAAACAGAACCACCCGCAUACUGGACUCAGUAAUAUGAACAUAGAAAGCCAAGAUCCAGUCAAACAACCUAGUAGUUCAAGAUAUCAGAUUUCAUUUCUAUUUCAGCUACGUAUCGUUACUCGGAGAACUUUUUUAUCUUCCUUCCGGCAGCCAGGCUACAAUGGGACGAGACUCUUCAAUCAUAUUAUGAUUGCACUGCUGACAGGACUCGCCUAUCUCAAUAUCGGAGACUCAUAUGCAGAUAUUCAGUAUCGAAUCUUCGUCAUCUUUCAGAUCACCGUCUUACCUGCCUUGAUUCUUGCACAGGUGGAGCCGCGUUUCGAAGCUGCGAGAGUUUUGUUUUUUAAAGAGGAUUCUGCUCGCAUGUACUCCAAGGCGGUAUUCGUUACCUCCAUGGUACUGUCAGAGAUCCCUAUUAGCAUCAUAUGUGCCUCAUUAUUUUUCGUCGUACUGUACUUUCCGGUGAAUUUCAGUCGCAAUCCAUCGGCCGCCGGGUAUCAGUUUCUCAUCAUUUACCUUACGGAACAAUUCUCUGUUGUGCUUGGCCAGGCCAUUGCAGCACUCACACCAUCUUCAUACACCGCUUCAUUGAUGACACCCUUCUUACUCAUCGUCUUCUCACUUUUCUGUGGAGUGACGAUUCCUCCUCCAAACAUACCACCAUUCUGGAAGUGGCUCUAUCAUCUCAAUCCUUUGACCUAUCUGGUUGGGGGCAUGAUCGAGACCGAGCUACACGACCGUCCAGUCCGUUGUGCCCAGAGCGAGUUGAGCAUCUUUGAACCACCUAGCGGUCAAACAUGCUGGGAGUAUGCAUCCUAUUGGCUUAAGGAGAGCAAAGGGUAUUUAUCCAACCCCAACGCCACUUUUGCUUGCUCUUACUGCCCUUUUUCCCGAGUGGAGGAUUUCGCUGCCCAGUUUGACUUGCUUUGGGCUCACAGAUGGCGCGAUCUUGGUAUUCUAGCUACCUUUGUCUUCAGUACCUUGGUCAUACUUUUCAUAUCAGCAACGUGA